CCGGUUUGCACGCCAUGGUACCCCAAUCCAUCCUCCCGCCCGAGCUCUGCGAUGAGACCAUAGACUACCUCUGGGACGACGUCGAGUCCCUCCGCGCGUGCAGCCUCGUCUGCCAGGCAUGGCUGCCCUGCAGCCGCUUCCACCUCUUCCGAAACGUCCGCCUCCGGCACGCGGAUGAUGUGCUCCGCUUCCGCGCGCUCCUCGCCUCCUCCCCGAGCAUCGCAUACUGCGUGCGCAAGCUCUCCCUCAGCGCGGACUACGCAGGCGCGACCCCUGAGGGCGCCGCACAGGAGGACGACGCGUGGGUGAACGACGCGACGAUGCUCCUCCCGCUCCUGCACCAGGUCACGACGCUCGGGCUCGCGCGGGUGCGCUGGCACGCGCUGAGCGCCGAGACGCGCGCGGCGUUCGCGAGCGUGUGCAAGCGCGUGCGGCAGCUCUUCCUCUUUGAGGUCUCGUUCGAGGCUUCGCGCGACGUGGUCGCCUUCCUCUCCGGCUUCCCUGCGCUGGAGGAACUUUACUUCCAGGCGGUAUCCUGGAAGCACGACUCGCCCUCUCCCUUUGAGGAGCCGAACUCCCCAGAAGCGCUUGCGGACAUGGGCAAGAUGCAUUUGUCGUACCUCUUCCUCGACCCGAAGUCCUCGCCUACGCUCGUCACGGAGUGGCUGCUGAAGCACCCGGGGGAGCAACACUUGCGGACUAUCCAACUGUGCUGGCGCGAGCUCGAGAACACGCAAGCGGUCGGGGACCUGCUCCAGGCGAGCGGCUCCUCCCUAGAGUCUCUCCAAGUAGAGUUCCCGGUCGGUCUCACAGAAGAUGCGGUACUGCAGAACCACCUGAGCCUCGCCCACAACACCGGCCUGCGCACACUACAAUUCGGCGGGCUCGACGUGCGCGCCUCGCACGGCUUCCUCUCCCAGCGGCUCUUCCCGUGGGUGACCGCGAUGCUCUCGCAGGUGCGCUCGCGGCACCUGCAGGAGGUCUCGUUCGCGCUCGAGAUCGCGGCCGCCGCGGACCUGCGCGCGCUCGACUGGGCGCGCAUCGACGCGGACCUCUCCCGCGCCGAGUUCCACGGCCUGCACGUCCUGUUCUACGUCUCGUGCGAGCGUGCCGGUAUGGCGAAGGAGGUCCGUGCGGAGAUCUCGAGCCGCCUCAAUGGGUUCCAGCAGCGCGGCACGCUCUGCAUUUCGUGCAUUUGAAGAGUGGGGACGACUCGGUCGAUUUAUACCACUAGACGCGGUGGCGGGCUGGGUUCCCGCAACCAUUUACAUCUUGCUUCAUCUUUCCAUUGUGCUCUAGCUAGAGUCUUAAUUGGGGUAUCGGGUGUCACUCUGGGAAUUUCAGGGAUUUACAGUUGGUCAUGGUCACUAUACGGGUUUCAUGCAGCAUUAUGUUCGCUACCAUCUAAUACGGAGAUCUGUACAAACA